CCGAGGUUAUGCGUCUGCUUCUUUUUUUGCCAGCUUGGGGAGACGAGUAAAAAAGAAGUCACGUAUUUAACGUAUAUUCGAUUAACAUCGAACAGCGUAUUGUUUUAUUAAACAAUUGUAAUAAAGAAUAAUAUAUUCCAUAUCAACGAAUUCAAUCAAUUUACAAAAUGCCUAAAAAAUCUGGCAAAACGCCGUGGCGGUCGGAGCCCACCAACGUGGAGAGAAAAUUCACGAAAAAUUAUUUUGAUCAUGAUGAUCGUACUGCAGAAGACGUGCCAAUGAAGGCAACAAGAAGUGUCGGAGGGAGCAGACCACGCGUAUCAUUUAAAAAGCAAAGAUUUAUGAACCGAGAGAGAUCAGAAACUUUCAAAGUGGCUUUUCUCCAAAAAAUACUCGAUGAGGAUUGUCCCAUGUCUGCUGGAUCUAACAACAAUGGUCCAGAAGUCGUUAUGCAGCAUGGACGGGGCAGAGGAAUUCCCAGGGGACGCAAUAGUCAACUUGCCCAAGGAAGAGGAAUUCGGUUGCGACAGAAUGACCCAAAAGUUAUUCCACAAAACGACACUAUUUGGUAUUCUACUAAAACACAAUCGUACAGGAUUACGAUCCCUUAUGGUCAAAGAUAUGAGAGAACGUUCAUAACAAACAAGCUGCUAAGCCUGAUUGCACCGGAAACCUUUGUACCAAUAAUGUGGAGGCCGACCGAGACUGCGGUAGUUUUCUACGUGGAUGAUCAGAAGGUUGCUAACAAGCUGCGAACGUGCGACAGGAAAAUAAUAGUCGACGAAGGUUUCAAGCUCGCGGUUCGCGUCGAUCCGGGUUUUCCUCAUUACAACAUCGAUCAAAAAAUGAGAGACUCUAUGAAACAAGCUAUGGCGAAACGUUACGUUCAAGAAACGAACGCGCUGGAUCUUGCUCGUUUUCACCAUGAUCCUGACCUCGUCGAAGAUUAUUAUUGCGCGUUAUCACGACCCUCGAUCCUUAUCGCUGCACUCGACAUCGUUACAUCUGUUAUACCAAAUCUCGAAGCUCUCAACCUCGAUCAUAAUCAACUGUACUCUUUCGAGAAAUUGAUACUGAUGAUGAAAAAGUUGACGAAUAUGAAAAUUUUAUACUUGGGCGACAACAAAAUCAGAGAACUCAAUCAAUUGAAUCCUUUGAAAGAACUGCAACUCGAGGAAUUACGCCUGGCCGGAAAUCCCGUUUGCGAUAAAUACAAGACCCGGCACGACGAGUAUAUCAGUGACAUCCGUGGAAAAUUUCCGAAGCUUCUCAGAUUAGAUGGCCAGGAACUUCCACGGCCGAUUGGCUUCGACGUCGAGAACGAAGGAACCAAACUCCCACCAACUCAGAGGAUGUUCGUAGCGAACGCAAAGGCCCAAGAAAUCGCCAGCCAAUUCUUACAACAAUAUUUUCUCAUUUUCGACAGUGAUAAUCGACAGCCUUUGCUCGAUGCUUAUCACGAACAGGCAUCCUUCAGUCUCACCUUAUCACAAUCGUACAACAGUAAUAAAUUUAAUGCCUAUCACGCCGAUAACCGAAACCUAAAAAGAGUCACCGAUGCUGUGAGACGAAGGAAACUGUUGAAAGUCGGACGUUUACCUGUCGUUUCAUACAUUUCGGAAAUGCCACGAACGAGACACGAUCUCAACAGUUUCACGAUGGAUAUAGGCCUCGUUACGGAUGCAAUGAUGAUCAUAACGGUGGCAGGCCUAUUCAAAGAGCCCGAAACAAAAGACGAACCGUUACGUUUCUUCAACCGAACAUUUGUGAUAGUACCUGAGGGAAGUGGAUACUGCAUAAGAAACGAGCAGCUCCACUUGACCUCGCCAACGCAAAUGCAAGAGAAGCAAGCUCUUCAACCGCGUCCAGUGAUGCAAGUAGCGGCUCCGGCAGUGGUUGACACCGCCGCACCAGGAAGUUCGUCCGCACCAACGUCGUCCCCUCUGACCGAUGAAGUAAGACAACAAAUGACGAUAACGCUUAGUCAACACACGAACAUGAAUCUCGAGUGGAGUCUCAAGUGUUUGAAAGAAGUCAAUUGGAAUUUCGACGUAGCUCUUAACGCGUUUCAAGAGUUCUUCAAACUCGGUCGGAUACCUCCCGAAGCAUUUAAAAAAUAGAUUUGCCAAAUUUCAUAUCUUGCAAACCUUUAACAGAACUAUUUACCACGAAGUUAUGAAAAUUCUUCACAACUCCGAGGUAUCCGUCGUAAUUAUUAAACACUCGUGAAACGGCUAAUUCCCACGAACGAUACGAGCACUAAAUAUUUAAAAAAAAAAAAAAACCAAUCACACGCACAAAUCAAACUCUAUCUAUAAUCUUAUUUCAUUCACUUUCAGUUUAAAAAGCUGAAGCGUAUGGAAAAAUAUCUCGUUUGGUAAAAAAUCGAGUACAUUUUAGUAUGUAAAACUGUGAAAUUGUCAGGAAAGCAGGAACGUAAAACGCAAAAACUCAAACAUUUCCGCGGAUAAAAAUAUCAAUUCAAAUUUUUGCCUUUUACGUUUUCUGAAUUUAUCGAAAAUCUGUUACGAUGCUUUCUUCAUCUACGUCUAAAUAUUAAUCGAUUUUUUACACAGAUCACCUAAUUCAGCUGAAAGGCAAACUAAUAAAUGUUCAUUUGGUACUCGUUGAAAUUCGACUAGAAGGGAAUUUCCCGUGCCGGUCUUACGCAGCGGCGUUCAGUAAUUCACGAAUGAAAAAAAAAAAAAAAAAACGAAGCUAUGAUAUAUUUUGAAUGGCCCAGAAGUGUGUACGAUAAAUAUUCCAGGUGGCAGGGUUGAUUUCAUUAUGCACAUAAACGUGUCGAUAAUCCUUUGUAUACUGUAUAAAAAGAAAACGAAAAACAAAAAAAAUAUCUAAAUAGUUUCGAGCAAAAAAUAUUUGAUAAAGAAAUUAGGUGAAAAAAAUAAAAAAAAAAUUCAUUUGCCCAAAGCUCGAUGGCAGUUGCGACGAAAUUUCCUUACCUGAUGAAAUUCACUGCCUUAGUUGGAAAUUGAAGAAAAAAAUGUAUAAAAAAAAUAUUAGUCAGUCUUAUCUCUAGGCCAUGUACAUGUGAUCUGAGACAACAAAGUUAUGAUUAUUUUCCAUUUUUCCGUGAAUGAACUUGAUCAUUUUUUGCCAUUUAAAAAAAUUAUUUUUCAUUUUUUUUACGUAAAAAAUAUCAUUUCGACAAAUAGUGUCUUCGCAACGAUGUUGGCUCAAACCCAUGUACACCAUUCAUUUGGAUCCAAUGAUAAAUUAUUAUUAUAGAAUCAUAAGUUAAUUUAGUUCCAUUUUUGUUCUGAACCUUCUUGCGGGGAUGGAAAUUCAAACGAUAACGAACAAUCGGCAAGCAACAAAUUCUAAAACUUUCUUUUGAAAUACUUUUUUGUUUCGUUUGCUGUAUUGUAAAAAAAAUCGAUUGGAAGUUCAUCUCGCAGUUUGUGCUCGAAAAAAACGGGUAAUCAAACAAUAAGCGCUUCACGAAUGAUCAUAUUAUUUGGUGUAUCGUGGUACAGUAAUCGCAAUCUCGUACAAGCUUUUUAUGUGGCAUUGAGAAUUUAGCGAAUGUGAAACAAAAAGCGAGGUUUAAACAGAAAAUAACAACGCUAAUUUAGAUAAGAAUUUUCAAUCGUUGCAGUGAAAAAAAUCAGUGUAAGAGCAUAAAUUCGUUUCGAUCAUUAUCAUUGGACAGGUCACAUAUUAUUUUUUUAGAUGAAUCUACACAUUAAGAGUUUGAAAAAAAUGAAAAAAAAUUUAUACGGCUUCGUGAUGAAAAGAAACAUCGAAUAAUCGUCAACUGGAAGGAAUGGGAAGGAAAAUUGGAAGCUCAUUAUUGUUCGAGGCUGGGGAAAGGGAAACAUCAUUGUUUUGGGGCCAGGGCUCUUGCCAAAGCAGGGCUCGAAGAGUUCGUUUCAUCUCGCAGUGUCUUGUGAGAUGUUGAUCGAACAAAACAGCACUGUGUCAAACGGAGAGUUCGAAGAUUGGGCCAUAUAUCGACGUGUACGUCGAUCGGUCACCAUCAUCCGUGAACAGGAAACGAAAAACUCGCUUUAUUCGUCGCCAAGAUUACUGGCUCCAUCCUCCAAUCGCUCUUCACAUUUGCGAUCGGAAGUCCGGAGUGCUGAUUCUUGCUUUUUGGGAUGAUAAAAGAGUUCCAGCUGAAUCAAAUGUAUUUUUGAUUCCCAACGUGAUAACGACGAAAAGAAGAAACAACCGUGAACAACAGCGACGAAACAUCGCCACGUUAUUCACCGGCAACACGAAUCUUCUGCAGAUACAACUUUUUUAAAAAUGCGAAAUGAUUUCAUCGAUGAUAUUAUCCACGAUUGAAUCACCGCUGGCAGUGGCAACAGAAAAAUUAAUAGCCACAUUUUUAUUUUUUUAUUGUCGAGAGGUAGAAAAAAAUUGAAAAGUCGAAGAUUUUGCAGAUUCGACGUUGAUGACUUAAACGAAAAGUAAUUCAUGCUCUUACACUAAUUUUCUCCACCGCGAAGAAAAUUUCCGAAAUUGUCAUCGUGGCCCGAAAAGCCAUUCACUUGAUAACUUUCACAACGUCAAAUUUCAUAGUUAGCAUAACUGAAAAGUAUGUCAACGAGGACAAAAGGAUUGUUUGUCAAAGAUAAAUGUAUUUUUACGUUGACUAAAAGGAAGGGAAGAUUUUCAUUGAGGAUACGAAGAUACGAAUGAGAAAAAGAGCAUGCGCUGACGAGUCGUAUUCAAAAAUUACAAAUUGAAUAUGACAGUCAUCAUUUGAGAUAAAAACUUUCUAUUAUAUUUUUCUCUUUUCUUUAUUUUAAAACGAAACAUUUUGUGAACCGUCGAAUUUUGUUGAAAAAUUUCAUGUUAAAUGGAAAAAAAACAGCGUCGUUAUUGAAAUUUCGCGAAACUAUUCUUAAUCUAACGUACGAAUGUUCAGUUUUGUAUCACUUUCUCUUUAAAAAAAAAAAAAUGUACAUAAACACGAAAGAAGAAAAAAACAUUAUUAAAAGAAAUAAAUGAAGAAAAAAAAACUAGUUAAUUUCAUGGCAACAGGAUUGAGUGCAUUGACAAACAUUGAUAUGAUGUGGAAGAAUAAAUGUAAAUGUAUAUAGUCCUAAGUAGAAAUUGAAAUUCCAUUUGAACCAGUGGAAUUUGACUUGGUGUGUCUGUGUCUUGGCCUGAUGAAAAUGAAAACAAAUAUCUAAAUAUAUAUAAUGCAAAUAUAUAUUAUGUAUAACGACGAACGAAUGUAAGAAAUAAGCGAUCAAGCCACUACGAUAAGAUAACUGUUCCGGCAACAAAAUAAUAAGAGAAGAAAAAAACGAAUAAAAGAAAUGUGACGAA